UAAUCAGAAGAGGCCCCCUAUCUGGCAUUCUUGAGAUGAUGCCAAGCCAGCACAACCGAGCCAAAAUGUCCCGGAACAAACCAGAAACCAGCCUCCCAGAAGUGAACUACGCAGAAAUCAAGUUUGCGAACUCUCAGCAGAAGCGAAGACAAGGCAAGAUGAACCCGAGCCGGGCAGCACCGAGCGAAGAGCAGAUCAGUUAUGUAGAGCUGAAGUUUCACAGAGCCCCAGAGAGCCAGCCCGGCAAACGGGGCGAUCAGCACCCGCGCAGGGGAACGUGGCGUGAUCUGCACACACGCCCAGCCCCGCGCUCAGCCCCCUGGAGAUUAACGGCCGGAAUCCUGGCCACCUCCUGCAUCCUGUUGAUGGGGACAGUGGCUGUCCUGCUCACACGCUUAUUUUCUAGACAAGGAGAACAAACUAGAAAAGCCUUACUUGAUCCUCAAAUUUCCCCUAAAAAUGAGGAAUGUUCCUGCCAUCCUUCCGCACGGAGCUGCUUCAGGUUUGGAAAUAGUUCCUAUCAGGUCUUCGAUCAAUGGACAACAUGGGAGGCGAGCUCCAAGGCAUGUGCAGAGCUGAAUUCUCAUCUUCUGCGGAUAGACUCGGAGGAGGAGCUGGAAAUCUUAUCCACCUUGGAAAUAAAAGGAUGGAUAUCCUUCGAGGGGGUGCGGAGGAAUAGGACCGCGUUCUGGACGGCUGAGAGGCUGGGGACACAGACCGUAGUAGAUGUUCAAGAGUGGACGGAGCAUCACUGCCCUUACCUGAAAGGAAGUUACAUCUACCCUAGGACAUGUUCGCUGAGUAAUGAUUAUACCUGUGAGUGUCAUGCAGAGGUGAUCAGGGAGCCGGGCACCGGUAGCUCACGCCUGUAAUCCCAGCUACUCAGAGGAUGAGAGCUGAGGAGCGCCAUUCGGAGCCAGCCACGGAGACAGCCCAUGAAACUCGGGUCUCCAACCAGUCACCAAAAAAGCUGGACGCGGAGCUGUGGCUCCGGCGGAA